AUGGCGCCGCGCAGAGAAUUUCGAUUUAACUCAAAUUCAGUAAAAACAUCAAAGAAAAGUACCAAGAAUUGGUACGAAAGUUAUUUAGAAUGGGGAAAAUUCAUUUCCUUGUUCACAGAUCCAAAGAAGUUAUUUUUAAUCGGAAGACUGUUCAUUAUUUUGGAAAUCAUUCUGAAUGUAUUGGUUAUCGAAAAGGUACCAUACACAGAAAUCGACUGGAAAGCUUAUAUGCAAGAAGUCGAAGGUUUUUUGAAUGGAACACUGGAUUACUCGAAGUUGAAAGGUGACACUGGACCAUUAGUCUAUCCUGCAGGAUUUAUUUAUAUAUUUUCUAUAUUAUAUUUCAUCACGGGACGCGGAGCAGAGAUAAAAAUAGCACAAUACUUCUUUGCAGUUCUUUAUAUUGUACUACUUACAUUGGUUUUCCGAAUUUAUGCAAAAACUAAAAAAGUUCCUCCAUAUAUUUUGAUCAUUUUGUGUUGUACAUCUUACAGAGUUCAUUCUAUAUUUACUUUAAGGCUUUUUAAUGACCCAGUUGCAAUGGUGCUAUUAUUUGCAAGCCUUAAUGCAUUUUUAGAUGAACAAUGGUAUUUGGGAAGUAUUCUCUACAGUAUGGCUGUAUCUGUAAAAAUGAAUAUUUUGUUAUUUGCACCAGCACUUCUUAUAGCUUAUAUAUGUAAUCUAGGUAUAAUCAGAACAAUAGUACACUUAUUCAUCUGUGCCUUAAUUCAGCUAAUAUUAGGUCUUCCUUUUUUAAUUGAUAAUCCAUUUGCAUAUAUAAAAGGUGCUUUCAAUUUUGGAAGAAUUUUUGAAUUCAGAUGGACUGUGAAUUGGAGAUUUCUACCAGAAGAUGUUUUCAUUCAUCCAUAUUUUCAUGUAUCACUAUUAGCAUUACAUGUAUUAACCUUGAUUUAUUGCAUACCAACAUGGAUAAAAUAUAUGAAAUCAUAUGCAAAAUUAAAACAUGUGGAGAAAAGCUUACAGCCCCAGCUAAAAAAGAAAGAAAAAGUAGAUAUGUCUACAGUAAGUCAAUUAUUUAUUUUUCCAAUGUUUGCUGCAAAUUUCAUCGGUAUGGCAUUUAGUAGAUCAUUGCACUAUCAAUUUUACAUAUGGUAUUAUCAUACAUUACCUUAUAUUGCAUGGUGUACAGAUUAUAGGACUGUGAUAAAAUUGACCAUUUUGGGUGUAAUAGAAUUAUGUUGGAACACUUAUCCAAGCACUGUUUUUAGUAGUGUUUCAUUACAUAUAUGCCAUUUGAUGUUAUUGUUUAGUUUUAUAAAAGAUAAAUCUAAUAGGGAAAAAGAAAAAUAA